AUUUUUGCUUUAAGAAACAAUUUAAAUUGUUGCUGUGCCCAUUUGUGGAGGUCCCCAGGUUCAAUGUUGUUUGGGCUAUUUUGUGCUGGAACACCUUGUCAGGUGCUUGGCAGGAGUUCUCACUUUUAACUUUCAUUAUGUGGCUCUAGGGUUUUGACCUACAGAGUGACUCAUUACAGAGUGACUCAUCGAUCUCCCUUGUUGUUUAUAUGGGACUCAUUCUAGAUCCUAUGCUUCAAGAAUCCUGUUGCUUGUUCAUUUUCAUUAAAUCUGAACAAGCUAAAGGCCUUUUGCUAGCCUGUAUUGACUUGUUGCUCUUUAGACUUUUUUUUCUACUCUUUUCUAACAUGAGUACCCUUCUUGGGACUUUUUCUUUUUUCUUUUUUUACUGUGAAUUUUUAUUUUUGUUUCAAUUGAUAGUCAAAUUAUCCAAUCUGCAUUUGGUUUUCUACUUGAUAUUAAUAUCCUGCAGUGAGCUAUGAUAUAUCCCUAGUUCUUCUUCGUUUUUGCUUGUUUAAAAUAUCCGUAUUUGCUCAAUCGAUUUGUCUCCCAACAAUGCUUCGGGAUUGUGGUUUGCGUUUUUAUGUUUAGAGGCACAAAUUUUGAUGAAAGUAUUGCACAUUCUUUCCUCUAUAUUCUUCUUCAUUCUUACAACCCCUGAGACCAUUCUAUCUGUUGCUUUUGUUCUCUACUGUUAUGUUGAGCAACCUCACACACCGAAUGCGUGCUUUUUAUUGUACUCUUGGUCAAUUGGUGUUCUCGCAAGCAUUGGUCAAUUCCCUCAUAAAACUAACCUUUGGUGGGCACAUUCUGGACCUUGUAGUGAGAUGGGGUUUACCACCAACAAAACUUGCUGAAAGAUGCCCCUCAUGGUUAUAUACGUGUAUAGGCUGAAAGUUUUUGACUAUUAUUGGAAUGAUGAUUAAACUAUAUUUAGUUUUUAGGUAUGUAUGUAUUCCUGUCAAAAUUGUGGGUAAUAAAAAAAUACUUAUAUUUCUAAAUUUGGAUUAAAUGGGUUAAAUACGAAACACACUGACUUCGGAGGAAUGCAUAUGCAAUGUUGCCUCACGAAAGAGUUGGUAUGUUUCUACAUCCACAAUGAAUGAUUCAUCGUAAGGCGGGUAUUGCUUAUAACGUUACAUCUGUCGGCCCCACAUGCCGAUUGUUAUAAACAACAUGUCUCUUACUGGUCUCCACCGCCUCAACCGUCAUCUUGUUUAUAACGGUUCAUCUAUCAUGACGGCUGUUAUAAAUAACAUGUCUCUUUGGGGCGAGGGAGGGGGAGGGGGUGCUUCACGAUCCGCAUAACCCCUCUUUUGUCUCUCAUGGCCGCCGCGGAAGGAACUGGGUGGGUUAAAAUAUCAGCCACUGCCUUAGCAAUAGCGGCAGUGGCGGCCAUCGUCACAGGUUCAUUCUUCAAUCAGAAGGCGCGGCGGUUGGCGUCCCGAAUCCGAGAGCUCGAGGCCUCCCUCGCCGCAGCCCUCGAGAAGAGCGCUUCGGAGAGGCGUGGAAGAACCCGCGCUCAACAGGCAUUGCGGAAUGCUUUUACGCAGCAGAGCUCUGAUGGAUCCAAGCAGGCUGCUGCUUCAGCUUACCCCAUGGCUCCCAUCGGCACUGUCCGGUCCUGCUUCUCUACCAGAAAUGGUACACCAAGGCAACCUUUGCUUGUUCCACUUGCUAGAGCAUGCUUGGUGUUUGACGCAGGUCGAGUUCCUAAAGAAGCUCUUGAAGGCCUAGCUGAAUACUCUCAUUGCUGGAUCCUCUAUGUAUUUCAUUUGAAUACCGACCUUGAUAAACUGUGGAGGGAACCAUCUAGAUCCAAGUUCAAGGCAAAGGUUAGAGUGCCUAGAUUAAAAGGCGGUAAAAUGGGUGUCUUGGCUACUAGAUCUCCACACAGGCCUUGUCCUAUUGGGCUCACUGUUGCCAAGGUUGAGGCUUUAGAUGGACAUGCACUUUUGCUUUCUGGUGUAGAUUUGGUUGAUGGCACGCCGGUGCUUGAUAUUAAACCUUAUCUGCCGUAUUCUGAUAGCAUACAAGGUGCAACUGUUCCAAACUGGGUAAAGGCAGAUAGUAUGCUAGCUGUGGCAUCUGUUAACUUCUCUCCAGAUUUUAGUUCUUCACUCUCAGGUUGCUGGAUGCAAGCUGCAAAACAAUCACUAUACGCUUCUCAGGAUGAGUUCCAAGACUUGAUCAAGGAGCUUCUUUCUUGGGAUAUAAGGUCACUGUCUCAACUAAACCACCCUCACAAUGUGUCCAUGGAAAAUGAGAGCCACGAUGUUGCUAGAGGAUUAGAAGAUAUUGGUGAUGAAGAAACCUGUCAGAUUCUUACUGAGAAGCCUGCCUCAUCCUCACUUGGUGACGUAAUAUAUCACCUUGUCGUGGAAGAAAUUGACAUCUCAUAUAGAAUUGAUGAUAGCUCGAACAUUUUGGUUGAGAAAGCAUCAUCAGUUUUCUCUAAUGACAGAAAUAGUUGUCACUACUACAACUACACAAUGUGGAAGAAUAAGCUGAGCAUCCAAGAUCAUUCUGCAACAAACCUUCAAAGAGUAGAAAUGCAGGAAGGAAGGUAUGUUCAGUUUAACCGAAAGACUGGGUAACGAGUGCUCUUAGUGUUUCUUAGUAUAAUCAAAGUUUCUAUUAACUGUUAUAGCUCCUGAUUUGGUUUUCGGUUUGAUCAAAAGGUGGAGCUGCAAGUUGUCUUGUAUUUCAAUACGAACGAUACAAAUAAACGUCCUCGAUGCCAAUUUUUGCCUAUUUAUUGUUAUCACUUGGGGACAUAGCCCAUUGUUAUAUAAAUUUUCUUCGGAAAUGUUCCCCA